AUGACGAGUCAUGCGCAUCGCGUGUAUAAUCGUCGGGUUGUACACGCGGAGGAGGAGAAGGUGCGGGAGCCGCCCACUCUUACGGCCGAGGCCCUUUUGUCGUGGUACACCAAAGCGGUGCGUGAUCUUCAGCGCGCGGCCACCCGUCACACCCGUGGGACGGCAGAACGUCCACCGCACCCGUUUUCCCUGUCCGGGCUCAACAAGUGGAAUCACUGCACAGACGGGGAGGCGGAGUGCCUCUUUUCUGGCAUGAGUCACGUUGAACUGACUGGAUUUUGCUGUCGAGUGCAUUGUCUCCUUUCAACCAUUGCGGGGAACAUUUGCGGUCCGUCACUGGCUUUCUCAAUGCAGACAGAUAAAGGUGAAGCGCCAGACAGCGCUCACAGCGCGCCGUGGAGUGGAAUGACACUACAUCGAAAAGACUCGGAAAAUAUGAUCCUCCCACGUCAACGGACACGUAUUACGACGACGAGGGAAAGGUCCCUGUCGAAGUUGGAUAACAUGAUGGAAUGCGAAGAUGAUACAGACUUUGGGCCACCGGCAAGACACAACCGUUCCUUCUCAUCACUGUCUCUUGAUCGUCGUAUAAUGACAACUAGACAUGCCUCCAAAACGCAUUGGAUUAAUGGCGCAAAGAUCCUUAAUGACUACAUGGUGCUUAAGAGCAUUGGGAAGGGAGCUUCAGGCAAAGUCAAGCUGGCAUACAGCCUCUCGCGCAACGAAACCGUGGCUAUAAAAAUUAUACCUCGUCCUAAAAAGAAGGCUCAUUUUGGAGCCGGUAGGAACGCAUCGGCGAAGAACGCGGAAGCGCUAAGACGCGAGAUUGAGGUUAUGAAAAAGUUGCGGCACAAAAACAUUGUCCCAUUAUAUGAGGUGAUUGACGAUCCCGACGCCGAAAAGUUGUAUCUCGUGAUGCGUUACGUCGACAAUGGGCCUCUCGCUGUCGUGGGUGCGGAUGGACGAUGUCCCAAAAUGAUGCCUGACGAGCUCGUUUUGUACGCACGGCAAAUCCUUGCUGGGCUGGAGUAUCUACAUGAAUGCGGCGUGGUGCAUCGCGAUAUUAAGCCUGAGAAUAUCAUUGUGGAUAGAAACAAACACGCUUUUCUUGCCGAUUUUGGCGUUGCAGCCAUUCUUGAGGAGGGCUGUGAGGAUAUUUUUAAUCGUUUUGAGGGGACGCCGUUAUUUAUGCCUCCCGAAUUGUUUUUCGGCGUGAGCAACAAUGAUGACGAAAAUGAUCACGGUGACAGCAGCCCUCGAGGGAACCCUUUUGCCAUUGACGUGUGGUCCCUCGGUGUGGCAUUCUACACUCUCUUGAUGGGACGAGUGCCUUUUCUCUCCGUGAAGGAUAUUGAGGCGGUGCUGCAGUCCCCAAUUGUCAUCGCGGAUGAGGUGCCACAGGCAUGGCGCUUGCUGCUGGAGUCGAUGCUUGCCGCUGACCCAAGGCAACGUCCUAAAAUCAGCGAUGUGCGCAUACAAGUGGAGAAGAUGUCCUGUGGAAAAGUGAUGCGCCAAGAAGAGGCCGUCUCACCAAGGUUGGCUUCAUGCGACGAUGACAGUGCGCUCUUGCGGGCCGAAAACAGCAAUUCAAAUGCAUGCAUUUCCUCGCCACAUAUUGUACCUGUUGUGCAACCGCCAUGGCUUGUUCUGCCCAGAUUGUUAAACAGGGGAAACAGGACGAAUACUCCGGAGUCUACCAGUACUGUCGUGGACACGCUGGGCUUUGAAAGCAACACGAAUAGCGCACUCUCGCCAAUGGCCAUGGAUGGAAUUACCCGUCGGAUCAAAGAAUGCAUGUCGCUGAAUUCGGUGAUACCAAAAGUAAACACCGCUACGGAGGGAAGUGUGGAUCUGCUGGAUAGCCCUACCGCCGGGAAGGCCACGCUGUUCAUGGAGGCCACACAGCGUCCUUUGCGGCGUUAA